AUGGUCAGUUGUGGCGCUGAUCAACUCGAUUCCUGGACUGUGCACUUGGACGGUGCCACUGCCCUUAUAGCUCAGUCCACAUUUCGUCAAAACCUUAACGCAAUAGACCAUAAGGCGCUCCUGCAGUUCUCCUAUGUAUCGAUCGUCAAAUCUUUCCUGGUCCCGGGCAAGAUCCCUAUGUAUCUGGUGCACUGGUCUCCCAAUUCGAUCACCGCCCCCCCAGAGGAACAACCGGCGGUGUGUCUCGCCGAUAUCCUGGUGAGGUUUGUGAAAUUGAAUUUGUCAAUAUACAAUGGAUCAGAACUCGACGGUGAUCGUGUGAUCCGUGCCGCCUUAGGUUUCGAGGCAGAGCUAGACGAGUGGGAGAAGAGCGUCCCGGACAAGUUUUCAUUUGAGGUCCACGAGUCCGACAAGGCUCAAGGCACGUUCUAUGGGAAGUACCAUGUCUACAAAGAUACAUGGGCUUUUCGGAUAAUAAACCAUUUCCGCUGGGGCCGCAUGUUGGUCAACCGAAUCAUUCUCGCCCAUAACUUGCGACUACAGUACCCCACAGCAGCGGAUCUAGGUCAGCGCCAGCACUCACUGAACACUAUCUCUCGCAUGGCAGUCGACAUCUGCACCGGUGCCGCGGGCCAAAUUGCACUUUUCAAUCAAGGGAUCAAUACGGAGGACACAUCGAGUGAUUUACCACUGAACGGAGUCUUUAUGCUUCUAUUCCCGUUGGCUGUGGCUGGAGGCGCAGCCGGAGUUCCGGAGACGGUGCAUAUUUGGGUGAUGGAGACAUUAGAACACAUUGGGCGAACGAUGGGCAUCCAGCGGGCUCUGGAGCUGAAAAAACGGCUUCGUGCGAGCUGGGAAGUGGAUGAGUGGCAGAGAGACUUGGUGGAUCAUCAACAUCUUGUAGUAACUGCUUAG